CGGCUCGUCGAUUCAGUCGGCAUUAACAUCCGAUUUCGUAGACCGAAAUCGGUCUCGAUGUCAGCCGAUCAUGUCGGUGUCUUUUAAAUAAGUCGAUUUCGGCGUCGACAUCUACCGAUAACGUCGGUAUGUCAAUUUUUUGGUGCAAAAGUGAAAAUAUCAGGUAAGUUUUUCUAUUUUUUCAUAAAAUAAUUAAUUUAGAUACAGAAUUAGUGAUAAAUGUAAAGAAAACUUUAGUUUAGAUGCUAGAUUAUGUUCAGAACAUGGGAGAUUCUAAAAAUCCGGCCAAUAAAUCUUCCAAAUUUGCAAUUUAGUAUUUGCCUUCUUUGGGGUCACUGUUUUUCAGAGUCUCUAACAAUUUCAUACAACUCUCAUUUUUAGGUAAAUUUUAUUGAAUUUUUCUUGGCAGGAUCUUGAUCCUUGCCGCGUGUGAAGGUUUUAGAUUUAUGGUGGAAACCUCGUGCUGCGGAAUCAUCGACCAGCACUGAGUGUUCUGGGCAGGAGGGACUACCCAUGUGGUGAGGAAGUUGGUCUGGUGAUCAUUGGUUCCGGUUCCGCAGGCUGGCUGCUAUUAAAGCUGCCCAGUUGGGGAUGAAGACCGUUUGCAUUGAGAAGAACGACACAUGUGGUGGCACCUGCCUCAAUGUGUGAUAUAUCCCAUCGAAACCUCUCCUCAAUAAUACCCAUGGACAUUGCGCAGCUCUUCAAGAAGAAGUGCAUCUCAUUAAGGGCUACGGGAGUAUCACGUCAGCCAAGGAAGUCACCGCAAGGACGGAAUCUGGCUAAGACAUGACUGCAACGGGAGCAGAAGUCAUCCAAUUUCUCCGAUGGAUGGGUCGAAAGGUCAUAAAACGAAGGCUUGAAAAAUGGGGUGUCCAUAUCAACGUACACGCGACUGUGACUUUUAUAAAUCCACGUGGGAAGCUAGCUGCCCCUCAGAGGGAUACCAUCUACGGAAACAUCCACAACUCUGCGUGGGAGUCUAGCUGCCCCUUAAAGGGAUACCAUCGGAGGCACCAUAGGCACUCGCAAUUCUUCAGUAUUAAAAAAAUGACGUUCUUCAAGCUUCCGUCGUCGAAGAUCUUCGUGUUACAGCAUGCAUCAUGGGAUUCACAUGCAGAUAAGCCCAAAAUUAAUUUACCUUAUCAAAAUUGAUCCAAUGUGCCCUUUUCCAUACCCUAAUCAUACCCUUUUUGCAAAAUAUCCUAUUUUCCAUAAUAAUAAUUUUAUCCAGAAAAAUUGUGAAAAAUCAUCAUUUUUUGAGUAAAAAGUGAUGAUGAUGUGUAAAAAAUGAUAAUUUUUUUUUAUAAAUGAUUAUGAUGAUUUAUAAAAAAAAUAUCAAAGACAAAAAAUAUAAUAUAAAUUGAAAAAUAUUUUAAAAGAAAAAAAAAGAUUUAAAAAAUGUUAAAAAAUAUAAAUAGGGUUUUUUCUAAUUUAAUUCUUAAUGAAAUUCAUCAUCAGGCGAAAAAAUGUUAUUUUUGUAAUUUUUCUUGUAAAAUUAUGUAAUAUUUUGUAUUUUAUUUCAUAUUAUUAAAUAAAAUAGAAAAAUAUAAAGAAAACUCGAUUUUUUAAUUAAAAAUAGACCGAUGGUCUGCAGACGGCAUCGGUUAUGACGUCACAAUGGUAAGGUCGAUUUUCGAGCCGACUGGGGUCGAUUUCGAACCGAUUUAUUGACCGAUUUUGCACCAAAAAAAAGUCUCACGGGGAUAGGGCAUUCAAUGUUAAAUGUCGGCAGACGAAUCGAUCUAUGCGUCGGCAAAUCGUCUGUUGAUAUGCUCGAUUUUGUCGUUCGAUAUCGACUCGACAUCGACAGAUUUACGGUGACGGGUAUUUUCUUAUUUUCAUUGUAAUUAUUUCCUUUUGUAGGUCAAAUUUUGAAAUGAAUUUUAAAUGUUAAUAAAUAAAUUUUCAAAAAAAAUCUCUCAAAGCAAUUUUCUUAGUCUUCAAUAAAUUUAAUAAAUUCACAAAAUCUUGAAAGGUUUUGGGACUAGCACAGGCAAUGGAGCAUGUUGUUCUGCAGAAUAAUGCCCUCAAUGUGUACGAAUGCUUCUUUGAGGAUUUGGAACCAAUAGGAGCAGCUGGGCAGUGUGAUGCUCGCACCGUGAUGGUGGCAAAGGAUUCAACGGGUGAACAUCGCCCUGUGAAGCGUCUCUCAUGGGCACCCGAUGGUCAAGCAAUGAUUGUUGCUGCGUACUCCCAUUCGGGAGCUGAAGGAAGCAACUUCAGCUGCCCUGAUGCAUUCAUUUGGGACACUCGUAGCCCCAAUGAACCCCUGGCCGUUCUCAAAGCAUGGUCCCCCAUUAAUUGCGUCACGUACCGCUCCAAGGAUUUCAAUUCGAUGAUUGGUGGUCUCGUGAGUGGGCAAGUUGGGCAAUGGGACCCACGUGUGGGUAAGGAUGCGGUGGCACUGAGUGAACGCGAAGUGAGUCAUCGGGAUUGCGUAACGGAUAUCCUGUGGUUGACAUCCAAGAAGAAUACGGAAUUCCUGUCAGGUGCCUCCGAUGGGCAGGUACUCACGUGGGAUAUACGGAAUAUUCAUGCCCCCAUUGAUGAGCCCCUCAUAAUGGAUCCCGAGAAGACCAAUGAACCACGUCUUGAUCGUGCCGAAGGGGUGACUCAGUUGGAAUUUGAAGCAACCAUCCCAACGAGAUUUAUGGUUGGCACAGAGCGUGGGCACAUCUUCAGUUGCAACCGCAAAGGGAAGACCCCAAUGGAGAGACUUCCGUUCAAGUACAACGCCCACUUUGGGCCAAUCUACGCCGUGGAACGGAAUCCAGCUGUGACAAAGAUCUUCCUAACAAUUGGUGAUUGGCAGGCAAAGGUGUGGUCAGAGGAAUGCCGCGAGAGUGCCAUUAUCUGGACAAAAUUGCACAAAGUUAAUCUCUACUGUGGCGCAUGGAGUCGCACGCGUUUCACGCUCUUCUUCGUGGGACGCGAAGAUGGCGUUAUCGAUGGAUGGGAUUUACUCUUGGACCAACAUGAGCCCGUGAUUAGUGUUAAGCUCUGCGAUGAACCCCUCAUUUCGCUGGUUGUGCACGAAAAUGGGGAAAAUGUAGCCGUUGGAGCGAUCGAUGGUACCAUCUACGUGAUCAAGGUAUCCCAAUUCCUCGUUGAGAAUGCAAAGAACGACAAAGCCUUCUUCACGGAAAUGCUCGAGCGUGAGUCACGCAGGCAGAAGGUCACAGAGGCCAAAAUCAAGGAGAUGAAGCUCAAGAAUAAAACUGCACGCGACGAUGAUGAGGAAGCACGACCUUCUGCACGCAUAGAGGUAGCAUCCACCGAUGAACCCCUAAUUAAUGCAAUUGCCCUUGCUGAGAAGAAUUUCUUCGAGAACAUCGACACGGAGAAUGAGAGGCGCACAAGAAAGGCUGAAAGUCGCUUUGGGAUUAAGAGACCAGUUGUACGGAUUGAUGAGAAUGCCGGGAUGUCCGAAGGGGAGGAGAAAUCCCCGCCAGAGAAUAAAUUACAAACACCAGUUGACGAUAAAUCUCUUAAGAGUUCCAAUGGAUUACUCAAUUCCGACGAUGCGUUGACUUUGAAUGAACAGGACGUGACUACCAGCCUACAAUCGUCUUCAAUUGGUUCCCACAGUGUAGUGAGCCUCUAAGUUUCCAUCAAGAAAGUUCCUUUUCAUGGGAUUUAAAACAAAUACUUUUGCUUUUCAGUUAUUCAAAUAUAAUUUAAUUGACUUAUAAAUUUAUUAUAAUAAACUGUUUUGUUUAUGAGGAAAAA